GAGCUCCUUGCUGGAGAGCCGCCCUGGCUUGCUGCGGUGGGGAGAGCGACGCUAAGGGCCAAGCUCCGGGGGCGGUUGGGUCGCGCUUUCAGGCCAGCAGCAAUGAGGCACUGCUUCUACAAUGAGACCGUGGGGUUCUUCUACAACAACAGCCGCAAGGAGCUGACCACGUACUGGAGGACCAAGGAUGUGCUGGUGGUGGCCCUGGGCCUGACGGUGAGCGUCAUCGUGCUCCUCACCAACCUGCUGGUCAUCACGGCCAUCAUCAUCAACCGCCGCUUCCAUUACCCCAUCUACUACCUGCUGGGCAACCUGGCUGCCGCGGACCUCUUUGCCGGCGUCGCUUACAUGUUCCUCAUGUUCCACACGGGGCCCAGGACGGCGGAGCUCUCCCUGAAGACCUGGUUCAUCCGUCAGAGCCUGCUGGACACCAGCUUGACGGCGUCCGUGGUGAACCUGCUGGCCAUCGCUGUGGAGAGGCACCAGACCGUGUUCACCAUGCAGCUGCACAGCAAGAUGUCCAACCAGCGGGUGACGAUCCUCAUCUCCUGCAUCUGGGUCACGGCCCUGCUCCUGGGGCUCAUCCCCUCCUACGGCUGGCACUGCCUCUGCGCGCUGGAGAAGUGCUCCAGCAUGGCCCCGCUCUACAGCAGGAGCUACCUGACCUUCUGGGCCAUCUCCAACCUGGUCAUCUUCCUCAUCAUGGUGGUCGUGUACACGCACAUCUUCGUCUACGUCAAAAGGAAGAUGACGCGGAUGUCCAAGCACACGAGCUUCCACCCGCGCUACAGGGAGACCAUGAUCAGCCUGGUCAAGACGGUCACCAUCAUCCUGAGUGCUUUCGUUAUCUGCUGGACUCCGGGCCAAGUUGUGCUCCUCCUGGACGGCCUGGGCUGCAAGAGCUGCAACGUCCUCGCCGUGGAGAAGUACGUCCUGCUGCUGGCCGAGAUCAACUCCCUCAUCAACGCCAUCGUCUACUCGUACCGCGACAGCGAGAUGCGCAGCACCUUCCGGAGGAUCCUCUGCUUUGCGUGCUCCCGGAGCUCCAAGUACGCCCCCACGGUGGUGAAGCUGAGCCCCGCCGACCGCAGGACGCUGUCUCAGAACGGGCACUUCACUGUGGAUUCCUCCAUUUAG